AAUUUCAGCUGUCUACAGCAAAAGCAAGAUGAGCACCCGCGACCUGGUGGAAGGCGAGGCUGUGCUGGACGACGAGGAAAACGACGAGCACUCCGAAGACUAUGAUGGCGAGGUCCGCGAAGGUGCUGGGACGGCUGGGGGUUACGACGACUCCAGCGAGGAGGACGAGGAGGAAGACGAUGACGAGGAGGCGGCGCGUGCGGUCCGCGAAGGCUUCAUUGUCGACGAGGAUGAGGAGUUAGAGGAGCGCGCAGAGCGCCGACGAGAGAAGAGGAAACGUCGCCGGGAGGAACGGGAGCGCGAAGAUGAGCAUCUUGAUGAGGAAGAUCUCGAGCUCAUCGGCGAGCUCAACCCGGACUUUCAGCCUCCCGUUGCCGCAGAGCAAUCUAAAUUCAAACGUCUUAAGCGUGGCCACAAAGACCGCGACCCCCGACAACCCUCCCAGGGGAUCGACGAUAUGUUCAAUUCCGACGAGGAGGAAGACACAGGUGACUACGCCCAGUUGAGCCAUCGCAGAACCGCCCACGAUGAAAUGGAUGACUUCAUCGAAGAGGAUGUCUUUUCCGAUGACGAGCUCCAGCAGGAGCGGGAGGAUCUGGAGAUCGCUCGCCCCGCCAGGAAAGGCAUAACGGGGCUGGGUGCUACUGAAGCGGCGGGACUGGACGAAAACGCCCUCGAGGAUAUGCGUGCGGCUUUCGGCGACGGCAACGAGUACCUGUUUGCACUGGAGAUGGAGGAACAAGAGCAGGAGCAGGAGGUGGAUGAGGAAAAACACCUGAAUCUCAAGGACGUUUUCGAGCCGUCGCAGUUGGCGGAGAAGAUGUUGACCGAGGAGGACAAUGAGAUCCGACUGCUCGACGAACCAGAACGCCACCAGAUCGCCCGCAAGCCGUAUCGCCAUGUCGUCCUCACCGAGGAGCAGUUCCGGGAGGAAGCGGCCUGGAUCUCAAACCUGAUGCUCCUCAAGAAGCGCCUCGACCCGGAGUUGCGGGACCCCUUCCAGCGCUCGGUUGCCAAGGUUCUCGAAUUUCUUGUCACCGAUGACUGGGAGGUCCCCUUCAUCUUCCAGCACCGCAAGGACUACAUGAUCCACGCCUCCAAGGUGCUUGUCGACGACGACGAUGACGACGACGACGACAACAACAAUCACCGCCACCCUGAUGGGCCACGCUACACCAUGAAAGCCGAAAAGCUUCUCAACAUGACCGACCUAUGGGACAUCUUCGACCACGACCUCAAGUUCAAAGCCCUCGUCGACAAGCGCAACACCAUCCAAAAGACCUACGACAAUCUCAACAGUGUCUUCACCGUCAGCGACCCCAUCGUCGAUGACAUGCUGGCCACCGCCGUCACCAUGGAAGAGCUCCAAGACGUGCAGGACUACAUCCACUUCCAGUACGCCUCGCAGCUACGCGACCUGGCCCUGGUCAACGGCAGUGGCGAGGCCAACGGCGAAUCCCAGCGCCGCAAGGCCACGGGCAAGAGCUUCUUCGAACGGGUCCGCAACGGCAAGGCCUACGCCCUAGUACGAGCCUUUGGCAUCACGGCCGAUGCCUUUGCCCAGAAUGCCCUGAAGGAGGGUCGCCGGCAGUACACCGAGGAUCCCAGCGAGCGACCCGAGGAGCUGGCUGACGGCCUGCUGGAUACGGACUUUUCCAAUUCCUCCAACGCCCUGUCGGCAGCCAAGCGCAUGUUUGCCGAGGAACUGGUCAUGAGCCCCAAGAUGCGUAAAGUCAUCCGUCAGGCCUACUACAUGAACGGGGUGGUCGACUGCUUCCGCACCGACAAGGGCCUCAAACGCAUCGACGAGCAGCAUCCGUACUACGAAUUCAAGUACCUGCGCAACCAGCAACUCAGCGAUAUCGCGCGCCAGCCCGAGCUGUACCUGCGCAUGCUCAAGGCAGAGGAGGAAGGCCUGGUGGAGGUCAAGGUCCGGUUCGAAAAUUUCGACCACUUCCGGCAACGGUUAUAUGCGGAUAUCGAGUCGGAUAAUUUCAGCGAGGUCGCCGAUGCCUGGAACCGGAUCCGUCGCGAUGUACUUGACCUGGCGCUGGGCAAGUUAGAACGACUGAUCAACCGCAGCGUCAAGGAGAACAUCCGGCAGGAGUGUGAGAACCACGUCGCCAAGGAAUGCCGCGAAGCCUUCUCGCAGCGGCUGGACCAGGCGCCCUACAAGCCCAAGGGCAUGAUUCUGGGGACGGUACCCCGCGUGCUCGCGCUAUCCACGGGGACUGGUAUCGUGGGCCGCGAGCCCAUCCAUUGGACCUACGUCGAGGAAGAUGGACGCGUGCUGGAGAACGGCAAGUUCAAGGAUCUCUCCGUCGGGGACAGGGACCGCGGGAUCGCCGACGGUAAGGACGUGGCGGAUCUAGUGGAUCUCAUCAAGCGACGCAAGCCGGACGUAAUCGGUGUUUCCGGCAUGUCACCCGAGGCACGCCGUCUAUACAAGCUACUGUCUGAGCUUGUGGAUCGAAAGGAUCUUCGGGGCGCGCCUUACACAGACGACCAUGACGACGAGGUGAGCGAUCCCCUGGAAGUGGUCAUUGUCAACGACGAGGUGGCGCGCCUGUACCAGAACAGCGAGCGGGCCAAGAAGGACCACCCGGGCUUUGCGCCCCUGACUCAUUACUGUGUCGCCCUGGCCAAGUACCUGCAGAAUCCUCUCAAGGAAUAUGCAUCCCUGGGCCGCGACAUUGUCUCCAUCCAGUUCAGACCGGGCCAGCAGCUGGUGACCCAGGAACUACUGCUGAAGCAGUUGGAGACGGCGCUGGUGGACAUGGUCAACCUGGUCGGGGUGGACAUGAACGAAGCGGUGAGCGACACGGCGACGGCCAACCUGCUGCCAUACGUGUGUGGUCUGGGCCCGCGCAAGGCCGCCCAUCUGGUCAAGAUCGUGAACAUGAACGGCGGCAUGGUGAACAACCGGGUAGAGCUGCUCGGGGUCAACGCGCAGUACCCGGCGAUGGGAGUCAAGGUGUGGAAUAAUUGCGCGAGUUUCCUGUACAUUGACUUUGAGAAUGCGGACCCGGACGCGGACCCGCUGGACAACACACGUGUGCACCCGGAAGACUACGACAUCGCCCGCAAGAUGGCGGCCGACGCGCUUGAGUUGGACGAGGAGGACAUCAAGGCGGAGACGGACGAGAACGGACAGGGGGCGAUCGUACGCAAGCUGUUCCGGGAGGAGGCGCAGGACCGCGUCAACGACCUGAUCCUGGAGGAGUAUGCCGAGCAGCUGGAGAAGAACCUGAACCAACGCAAGCGAGCGACGCUAGAGACCAUCCGGGCAGAGCUACAACAACCGUACGAGGAGCUGCGGAAGCAGUUUGUCACGCUCAGCACGGACGACAUCUUCACCAUGUUCACGGGGGAGACGGCGGAGACGCUGAGGGAGGAGAUGGUGGUGCCCAUCUCGAUCAAGCGCAUCACGGAUGACCACAUCGACGGCAAGCUGGACUGCGGGAUCGACGCGGUGGUGCCGGAGAACGAGAUGACGGACCGGUACGACAUCCCCGUGCGGACGCUGUACAGCAUGCACCAGACCGUGCCCGCCAAGAUCCUGUUCCUGAACCGCAAGAAUUUCACCUGCAACGUCUCGCUGCGGGAGGAGCAGGUGAGCCGGGCGUAUCGCAAGCCGCCGGCGCACUUUGGAAGCGAGUGGGAUGAGCGCCAGGAGCAACAGGACCGCGAGGCGCUGCAGGAGACGACGCAGCGCGACGGGCGGACGAUGCGGGUGAUCAAGCACCCCUUGUUCCGGCCGUUCAACUCGACGCAGGCGGUGGAGUUCCUGGGCACGCAGAGUCGCGGCGACGUCGUGAUCCGGCCGUCGUCCAACGGCCCGGACCAUCUGGCCGUGACGUGGAAGGUGGCCGACGGGGUCUACCAGCAUAUCGACGUGCUCGAGUUGGACAAGGCCAACGAGUUCUCGGUCGGGCGCACGCUGAAGAUCGGUGGCCGCUACACGUACAGCGAUCUGGACGAUCUGAUCGUCAACCACGUCCAGGCGAUGGCCAAGAAGGUUGAUGAGAUGAUGCUGCACGAGAAGUACCAGGCAAUCAGCAAAAGCGAUACCGAACAAUGGCUCGAAAAGUACACCGAGGCGAACCCCAAACGGUCCUCGUACGCCUUCUGCCUGGAUCCCCGGCAUCCAGGCUACUUCUUCCUGUGUUUCAAGGCUGGGAAGAGCGUGCCGGUGCACAGCUGGCCGGUCAAAGUGAUCCCCCAGGGCUAUGAGCUGCAGCGCAACCAGUACCCGGACAUGCGUGCGCUGUGCAAUGGCUUCAAGCUGCUGUUUAUGAACAUGCAGUCGGGCAAGCGGCGAUAAAUCUCCAUUCUCUUCUAUCCUGUCUUCCUGUCUUCCUGUCUUCCUGUCUUCCUGUCUUCCUGAGCAUCGAGAUCGAAUGGUGUUCUUCUUGUUCUCUUCUUCCACCGAUUUUCUUUCCCAUAUGGUUCUUGUAACUUAUAGUGGACAUGGCGUUGCGAUAGUUGAAU